GAGCUAAACUAAGAGUAAAUAAUACCCGGGGAUUUGUUGUAUGCCUACCGGUCCUGUCUAUUUUUUGCUUUCUCUGUGGAUGGAUGAUCGUGAUCAUAAGGAAGAAGAAGAGGAGGAGGAGAAGGAGACAGAAGCCGAAGUCUUGCCCUUCUUCCCCGCAGUUUUCUUAUUUGUAUUAAUAGGAUUCUAUUAGUGAUAAUAAUAAUAAUUUAAUAUGAACUAUGGCUCGGGUCAGGCCAUCCGUCAUGUUUCUGUCUGUCAUACUAAAAGACUGACUGUUCUGCUCACUUUUCUCCUUAGGUCACGCGAGGUGUGCCCUUUUGGUCAUUCACUGCACGCGGUUCUGGUCCUUCUCUUUUUUUCCGUCCUGAGGAUUUCGUUCUUUUGUUUUUCUUUUUCUUUUUCGUUUUCGCUUUGGUUUUGUGCUGGCAUUUCUGCUUGUGUUGAUGUGAGCACGAAGCGUGUUUCUGGAUUGAUCGUUGGCUUCAUCCCUUUUGGGGGAGAUGAGCCAAAGCCAGACCCGCGAGCAACGGGGAAAGCGACAAAAGAACGAGGGAAGUUCUGGUGCAGAGUAUAACUGUUGAUCAACAAGAAACAAAUAACCGACGAGCGAACGAGCAGAAAUUCAUCAUAAUUCACGGUGCAGAUACAAAUGUAUCUCCUCCAUCCCCCGUCGGUCUUCUUACGCUUCAGUGCUGUCGGGGACCGCCGCUCUC